AAAAGAAAGUCCAGAUUUUAUUGGGGUAGGGGCGUGUUUGUUUAGGUUAUUUCAAAUGUCAAUAUUGGCUUUCAGAGAUUAUGCACCCCACCUUUAACCCUUGGAUUUCUCUAGUUUAACAGCAAUGGUUAAACCAGAGGUCUCCAACAUUCUUAUUUAUUACAUAUUUUUUAUAUUAGGCCUAUGUAUGUUUAAAAAGUUUGAGUACACUCUAUCAACAAAGCAGCCUUUCAGAUUGUUUUAUCCAUUGUGGUAGCCCUUGCUCACAAAAAGUUUGGAGACCCCUGGGUUAAACUAUGGUUCCUACAGUGAAAUAAUGGUUAAAUUGUUAUUACUGUGGCUUUACUACAAAUGCCAUAGUUAAACUAUAGUUACUGAAACCAUGUUUAACUUCCGUAAUGAAUUUCACACCCUUGUGAAAAUAUUUUAACAGAUUUGUCCCUUUUAUGUAAAAAAAAAAGUUAUACUAGUGUUCAUUCAAAAUAGCCAAUAAAGACCACCGAUAUUGGUGACGUCUAGCUAUAGAAUAAAAACAGCCAAUCACAGACGAGCUCGGUUGCAUGCGGCGCUGCGCAGCUUUCACGGCGUGUGACAUCACAGUACCUGAACUAAUGAUUAAUUCAUUGGUCACUCUGCGCAGCCUCGCAUGCAGCAGUCGGGCUGUUCAUUCCUCUCACGCGGUUUAGCCAUUCGUUUGCUGCUGUUUACAUCUGUCGCUUUUAUUAAAAUCUGCACGUCGCGAUGGAUUCUACUACAGUUGAGGAAAUCAUGGAGGAGUUUUUCAACACGAGCGAUGCAGAAGAAUACGAGAUGAUCGAGUCUGAUGAUCAAUCGGAUCUGGAGAGUGUCGCUUCCAGUGUGGAUUUACUUGAGGAAAUGAUCGUUGUUCCUGUGCUGGACUCUGAACUUUCAGAUGCCAACAAUUUACCAGAUGAGGUCUUGCAUCCAGAGGUCACUCCACAAAAGAGGAAAAGACCUUUACCAGAAGUGUUUUCAUCACCUGCCACUAUACCAGUUGUCAAAUGGAGAGGAAAGCGAAGUAGCCUGAACCGAUCCUUUCCAGAUUUCAAUUUAAACACCUUAGAAGAUAAGUGGAAAAGUGUAGAUGAACCUGAUCCUGAACCACAACAACCGGUCUUUAGACCCAUCCAAACGCCUGGCCCACAGGUGGUCUGUAGCGCAUCCUGCAGACCUCUGCAAUAUUUCGAAUUAUUCUUUACUUCCUCGAUCAUUCAGACGAUUGUAGAUAACAGUAACGCUUACGCAGCAAAGAUGUACGGAAGUGAUAAAAGUAUGUGCCGUGACAUUUCUGUGAAGGAUUUCAAGAAAUUCCUUGCAAUGGUGAUCUACAUGGGUCUGGUAAAAUGCUGUUCACUAACUGACUACUGGAAAACGACCGACUUGUACAGACUACCCUUUCCUGGCCGAAUCAUGUCUUUCAAGAAAUUUUACGCUAUAUGCAAUUGUUUUCAUAUCAGUGAUCCCAAAGUAGACGAAGAGAAUGACCAGAAGAAAGGAACGGAUGAAUAUGACCGUCUGUGUAGGAUCAAACCGCUGUAUGAGGACAUUCGAGAAGCCUGUAAGAGCUCCUUCCAGCCCUUUCAAAACAUCUCCAUCGAUGAGAGAAUGGUAGCAUCAAAGGCUAGAAAUGGACUCAAACAAUACAUGAAAAACAAACCAACAAAAUGGGGCUACAAACUGUAUGUACUGGCAGAUUCCAGCUCAGGCUACACAUGGGACUUCUUUGUUUAUGAAGGAAAGACAAUUUCAAAGCAAGGAAAGGGGAUCGGCUAUGAGUCUGUGAUGGCACUGGCGGAUGAAAAGUUGUUGGGCUCUGGAUACAAGCUGUAUGUUGACAACUUUUUCACCAGCCCCGCACUCUUCAGGGAUCUUCUCAGUAAGAAUAUUUAUGCUUGCGGGACCCUUCGAGCAAACAGGAUCGGUCACACUCAAACCCCAGGUCCUCCUGGUAGCAUACGCUGGUUCAGGGAUGACAAACUCCUGUUCAUCGAGUGGAAAGACAGGAGAGACGUGCUGAUGUGCUCCACCUUUCAUAAAGUGUUCAAUGGCGACACAGUGAAAAGGAGGGUGAAGGGAAAAAACGGUGCUCGGACCAUUGAAGAUCUGCCGGUUCCUGCUGCAGUGUUGGACUACAAUAAGCACAUGGGCGGAGUCGAUCUGUCUGACGCGCUUAUCGGAUAUUACACAGUUCUGCAUAAAACUAAAAAGUGGUAUCGGUCCUUUUUUUACCACUUUGUGGACAUUGCUGUUGUAAACGCCUUAAUUAUACAUCAGCACGUAGCCAGGGAGAGGAACCAAAAACCAAUGACCCAGAAACAGUUUCGAGAGGCUCUCAUCUCAGACCUGGCCCAAACAGGACCUAAAUAUCACACUGCAAGAGUGGGUUCUGAUGAAUUUCACCUGCCCAAGUACAUCAGCGGAGAUGCAACGGAAGGAAGACGCAAAUGCAGAGUGUGCCGCGCUAAAACCCCAAUCAUGUGCGUGAUGUGCGAAAUGCCACUGUGUCUUGUUGCGGCUCGUAAUUGCUUCAUUGAAUUUCAUGAAUCUGAAGAAGCUGAAACAAAGGUAAAAGCAAAGUACAAAAGACGUGUCAAAAAAGAAAAAAGAAAAUAAACAUCUACAAAAAGAUUAAAGGGCCGAUCACACCAAACGCUUUUAUAGCAGUUGCAGGCGCCUCUGGAGGUACCUUGACUAUGAAGACUUUUAUACUUUAUAUUUGCCUUCAACUAUUGAAAUCUAUUGAUAGAAACACGUGAAAUAUUUUCAUUACUUCAAAAACCCCAUGUUAUACUCAUUUUAAGCUGUGGAGGCUGCCAUUAUGAUUUGAUUAUUCGCAAUUGUUGUGAAAUAUUACUGCAGGUUACUAUAGUUUACAAUUCUUGUGAGAAUGUGUUACUCCCCAAAAUGGCGACUUUGUAGAUGUUUCCUAAGUUUAUUAACACUAUGACAUCAUAAUUUUACAUUUAAUUUCACCUUCAUAAAGCCAAUCCCAGUGUUAAUCUAUUAAGCCAUAAACUAAGUCAAAAUGUUAAUCUGUGUUAAACUAGAGAGAAGUUUUAUGCAUGGGGAAAGGUGCAAGGGUGUGUAAAUAAUGAGAUUUUUUUAUAUUUUUAGGUCAACUUUUUCUAGUACUAGUUAAAAAAAACUCAAACUCUGGUUUGGAUGAGAGCAUUUUCAAGCUCAAAGGUGGAGCCACAGGGCUAGAUAUUACAGUACUUCAAUGUUCAGUAUUAAUUUAAUGUACUUUUUUCUAACUAAUAAAAUUCUGUUUUGCAACUCAUUUUAAA